AUGGGAGAUAACAAUGAAUUUAAGGAUUCAGAUUCCCGACGCGCGGAAGCACCAAAUUACAUCGCGGCCCGUCGUGAGAGGGGUAAAUUGGCCCAGCGAGCAUUUAGACAAAGGCAAAUCGACACCAUCCGGAGUUUGGAAGAAGAGAACCGCAAACUUCGCAGGGCUAUUUCGACGAUAAGCGACGCUGCGGAUCGUAAUGACGCCACUAUAUCGCAAGCAAUCGCUGAGGCCCGUAAAGUCGCCGGAAUUGCGACCCCCGAGGCUAAGCGGAAACUACCCACGCCAACGAUCCCGGAUUUGAAUAGCUCUCACUGGUCGAGUAUCACUCCCAUUGAAGCUACACCAAUUGUAGCUCCUAUGUCAUCCCAAGAAAGCAGUAGUCUUGAUGAUUUCUCAUUAGCAUCAUUUGAGAUUAAUGAUCAAGCAAAUAAUAGCUGGUCACAAUUCUUGUCAAUGACAAGUUCCGAUACAUAUGAUUUAACGACAAAUCUAGACAAUUUUGACAAUGGCUUGGACAUAUCGAUAUCAAAUCCAGAUUAUCUUGGGGAGCAAAUAAUCUCCACGGGGGUUUCAACAACAUUUGAACCAGAUAGAGCCAUCCAUAUCGCGGAUCCCCCACCGGAUAUUGUUCCUUACAUGGGUGAUAAAGCCUACACUCUAGCUGGCCAAAUUUACUGGGCAGCGUUAGCUUUCGGUUUCCAAGCGCUACGGGCCAUAAUCUCAUCGGCGACGCCUCCACCGGUAGCCGUAGAUAUUGUUACCCAGCAGUGGUCUUUCACAUCGAAGCGUCUGGCUCUUCCGCAGAUAAUGCGCUUGAUGCACGCACGACUUGUUUUUCGACGCUAUGGAUACUUCCACCUUGCUGGCGAUAAGCAUAUAGAGGAAAUAAAGAGCUUCUUGGACCCGAAUUUAAUAAAGCGUCUGAGCGUUGCACUAGGCGACGAGGCUAAUAAGGCGGGCUUUAGUAAAGCCGACUUCCUGUCGCCGCUGGACUUCGAGAGAGAGUUGCGCCAACGUUUUCGUGACGACUACCCCAUAUUUGAGGCCGCACUCAAAGGUCAGGCAUUCGACCAGGAGCAUGUUGCAUGCAUGCGGAAACUAAUCCAACUUAUGUCGCGUCAAGCUGUCUGCUUUGGGGACGGUCCAAGAUGGAGGCCGGAGUCCGUCGACACUUACCUUCAACUGCCAUUGAUUAUACAACAUUUCGUCAUGUCGGCCAGCGCCAACUCGCUGCCCCAGUACCUGGAACAGCUGCCGGGGACUACCUUUAGGAAACUAUACCAGCAGCCUUCCACAGCCUUCGCCAUUUUCCGGCGCAUGCUUCCUCAUAUGGCAAAGACUAUCGUAAUGGCCAUAUUAUAUUCGCCGACUCCCUUUCUUGUAUCCGACCUCGAUCUAUGGAUAAAACCCACCGCGGUCCGCGAAAAGGACCAAGCCAUCGCCAUCCUUCGAUCGUUACAUAUAGUACAGCCUCAGUCCUUAGCUCUUACCCAGAAUUUUAAGAAUAGUUUACGGCUUGCAUUGGAGGGUGGAGGGGAUCAUAAUUCGUUCGGUGUACCGUCUACACAACCUAUUCCCAGCGAGGUGGAUCAUAUGUUCUUGGAUAGGUACGCGAGGAGAAAAUGGGAUGAUAUACUCCAUUACGUUGUUUCGGCUACCGGAAUAACCAGCAUUCAGACGGGCUCUAGUGGACCUAAGCAGUCGGUUAAGGACCUUCUCUUGGCUGGUCGGCUGGUUGAGCGUAGGGUUGGCGAACUUAAGAUUACACAUAUUGGCUUUUCCUUUUUAUUACAGGAAGCAAACGCUCAGGUCUGGGCUCUAUUACUUCUCUGGCUCGAGGCUAUCGAGGUAGCAAACGCCAAUGGAAGCAAGUCCGAUAUGGAUUCCGUUGACAUGCUAUCAUUUUUCUUCAUGUUGGCCUCCCUCGAAUUCGGGCGUGCAUAUAGCACUGACGCCCUCACGGAGAGUCGACGCAAUAUGCUGCCCACUCUUAUCGACUUCGGUCUGAUCUACAUUCCUCAACAUAACACUCACCAAUUCUUCCCUACUCGUCUGGCUACGACUCUCACCAGCAACGAAACAGCCCUUCGAAGUGUUAGCGCAGGUUUCUCAGCCGCUGCUAGCGCGACCAGCGACGAGCAAGACAAGUGUACCAUUAUCCUCGAGACCAACUUCCGGAUGUACGCAUAUGUACACUCUCCGCUACAAAUCGCCGUGUUGGCGCUCUUCUCGGACCUUAAGUUCCGUUUUAAGGGUCUCGUAUCAGGCCACCUGACACGCAAAUCCAUUAAAAACGCCGUUAGUCACGGCAUCACGGCAGACCAAAUUGUCUCGUAUCUCUCUACGCACGCGGACGAGCAGAUGUACCGGUACGCAGCGGCGACCAAUAAGCCCGUAUUACCUCCCGUCGUCAUCGACCAGAUCCGCCUCUGGCAGCUUGAUACCGAGCGUAUUUCUACCCGCGACGGCUACCUUUUUAAGGAGUUCGACGAGUACAAGGAGUACAAAGCCGUGGCCGAUUUUGCGGACAACAUCGGCGUCUGCGCCUGGCGUAACGACAGGAAAGGAAUAUUCUUCGCCACCAAGGUUGAGCAGAUCAAGGAUUUCAUGAGAUCUCGCAGGAAGGCGAACGAUGGGGGUAGUUAA